AUGCCCCGCGCAACAAAGCCAUCAGGAAAGUCCAGACACGAUCCCCUCCAUGUGCAGCUCAGGCAGGACGAAGUCACCGCAAAAUACGGCAAAGUCUCAAAUCCCACAAAACGCUCAAAGGCCUCCAAGAGGUCUCACGGCGACGAAGAAAAUGAUGAGGUCAUCCUCGAUCCCAAAACUUCAAAGCGUAUAUUCGAACUCGCAAGAGAUCAGCAGGAGGAAUUGCAGGAGCAGCCGGAUGACGAUGAUACUUUCGAGGAUGAAUUCACAAGACCUCGCAUGAACGAUCUGGAGGAUGAGGACGAGGACGAAGUCACAGAGGAGUACGAGGGUUUUCUUGACCUCGAUCAUGAAGAGCAUGAAUUGCAAAUCGACUCCGGUGAUAUCCGAGCACUCGAUUCACUCCUGCCCUCCAAUGCCGGCGAGCGAAAGACACUCGCAGAUCUUAUUUUUGCAAAACUCGAUGCGGCACCGACAGGAUCCAAUACUGCCGUAAUAAACUCUUCCCAUGAAGAUCCCGCAGAAGGCCUCGAUCCCAAGGUCGUCGAAGUAUACCAAAAAGUCGGCCUCCUCCUCCAAUCCUACCGCUCCGGCCCCCUCCCCAAACCCUUCAAAAUCGUGCCCUCCCUCCCCGCCUGGGCCCGCAUCCUCGCCCUCACCUCCCCCGAAAAAUGGUCUCCCCAAGCCUGCCACGCCGCCACCCGAAUAUUCAUCUCGAACAUGAAGCCUCCCCAGGCCCGCGUGUUCCUCGAGGGUGUCGUGCUCGGUGCGAUCCGCGAAGAUAUCGCGAAUCCGAUCAAUAAGGGCAAGAAGGAUAACAGGAAGCUGCAUGUGCAUUAUUAUGAUGCGUUGAAGAGGGCGUUGUAUAAGCCUGCGGCAUUCUUCAAGGGGAUUGUGUUCCCUAUGCUUGACAGCGGAUGCACGUUGAAAGAAGCGGCCAUCGUCGCUUCCGUGCUCGCCAAAGUCAAAGUACCGCUAUUGCACUCCUCCGCCGCACUUCUGCGUAUCGCGAGUAUGGAAUACACCGGCCCCAACUCCCUCUUCAUCCGCGUCCUGCUCGACAAGAAACACGCCCUCCCCUACAAAGUAAUCGACGGCCUCGUCUUCCACUUCAUCCGCCUCUCCAACACACACAAACACCCCACCUCUUCCUCCACCAUCUCCCACGCCCGCGCCCCAGAAAAGCUCCCGGUACUCUGGCAUCAGAGCCUGCUCGUGUUCUGCCAGCGGUACGCGGCGGAUAUGACGCCGGAUCAGAAGGACGCGCUGUUGGAUGUAGCGAGGGUCCAUCCCCAUCCGCAGAUUUCGCCGGAGGUGAGGAGGGAGCUUGUGGCGAGUGUGGCGAGGGGGGAGGCGGUGGUGCCGGUGGGAGGAGAGGCGAUGGAUCUUUCGUGA